AUGCCUCGAGAAAUUAUUACCUUACAGCUAGGACAAUGUGGGAACCAGAUUGGGAUGGAGUUCUGGAAGCAGCUGUGUCUGGAGCAUGGCAUCAGCCCUGAAGGAAUUCUGGAGGAUUUUGCCACCGAUGGAACUGAUCGGAAAGACGUCUUCUUUUAUCAGGCUGACGAUGAACACUACAUCCCUAGAGCAGUCCUGCUAGACUUGGAACCCAGGGUUAUUCAUGGAAUCCAGAACUCUCGCUAUGCUAAUCUGUACAAUCCGGAGAAUAUUUUCAUCUCUAAGGAUGGCGGUGGGGCAGGAAACAACUGGGCAUCAGGCUAUUCACAGGGUGAAAGACUGUAUGAAGAGGUAUUUGACAUCAUAGACAGAGAAGCUGAUAACAGUGACAGUUUGGAAGGCUUUGUAUUGGCCCAUUCCAUCGCUGGAGGAACCGGGUCAGGUAUGGGAUCCUACAUCCUGGAGAAGCUCAAUGACAGGUUCCCUAAGAAGUUAAUCCAGACCUACUCUGUGUUUCCUAACCAGCAGGAGAUCAGUGAUGUCGUAGUCCAACCUUAUAACUCCAUGCUGACAUUGAAGAGACUUACCCAGAACAGUGAUUGUGUGGUUGUACUUGAUAACACAGCUCUAAACAGGAUAGCUACAGAGAGACUUCAUCUUCAAAAACCAGACUUCUUACAGAUCAACCAGAUGGUAUCGACCAUCAUGUCCACGAGCACUACCACGCUGAGAUACCCUGGCUACAUGAAUAACGAUCUGAUUGGAUUGGUAGCCUCACUCAUCCCCACCCCUAGACUACACUUCCUCAUGACUGGAUACACACCUCUCACUCUAGGGACAGAUACAAAGCUAGCAAGCGUCAGGAAGACGACCGUCCUCGAUGUGAUGCGCCGUCUGCUACAGCCCAAGAACAUCAUGGUUUCCACCACGUUGAGAGAUAAACAGAGCAGCCAUUGCUAUAUCUCAAUCCUCAACAUCAUACAGGGAGAAGUGGACCCCACGCAGGUCCACAAGAGUCUGCAGAGAAUACGAGAAAGGAAACUUGCUAACUUCAUCCCGUGGGGACCAGCAAGUAUCCAGGUUGCUCUUUCUAAGAAGUCUCCCUACGUCCAGACAGCCCACAGAGUCAGUGGUUUGAUGUUAGCAAACCAUACCAGCAUUGUCUCGCUGUUUGAGAGGACAUGCAGCCAGUUUGACAAGCUCCGCAAGCGUGAGGCUUUCUUGGAGCAGUUCCGCAAGGAGAAUAUCUUCAAGGAUAAUCUUGAUGAGUUGGAUGAUUCACGGGAGGUCGUCCAGCAGCUGAUUGAUGAGCUCCAUGCUGCAACCAAACCAGAUUACAUCUCAUGGGGUACACAGCAGGCCGCUCAAGCUUCCAAGUCAUGA